AUGGAAGAAUUUAGAGGAAGUACGAGUUUGGUGCCAAGAUUCGCGCCAGACACCAACCAAAACGCCAAGGGCGGCAGAGCACAAAAGGUUAGGAGCCAGGAUAGACUUCAAGGCUUUGACCCCGAACUUGAGAGAAUAUUUCACAGAAGGUUGAGAGAAGCAAGGGACACAGAUAAUCUUCAGGCACUGGUUCAGCUACCUAUGAAUAUGGCAGAAGAGCAACAUAUGAUUAUUCAGGAGAUGGCAAUGCCCAGCAUUGCUAAUGUCAUUUCCAGCAUUGUGAAGCCCAGAAUCACUGGGCAUUUUGAGCUAAAACAGAGCAUGAUCCAGUUACUACAUGCAAAUGGGCAGUUUUUGGGUCUUCCACACGAGUAUCCACAACAAUACAUCCUGAACUUCUUGGAAAUUAGUGAUACUUAUAUCACUAACAAAGUCACUCCAAACUAUGUGAGGCUCACAUUGUUCCCUUUUUCUCUGUUGGGCGAAGCAAAGCGGUGGUUGAAGGCAGAACCAACUAAUUCUAUUACAUCAUGGAAUGAUCUGGCUAGGAAAUUUUUGGCAUGGUUCUUCCCUUCAGGCAAAACUGCAAAGAUCAGAAGUAAGAUAGUAGCCUUCAAACAGAAGUCGGGCGAGUCUUUAUAUUCAGCUUGGGAGAGGUUCAAGGGGCUGCUCAGAGAUUGUCCUCAUCACAACCAGACAAAUGAAGUGCUGGCUCAUACCUUCAUAGAAGGGCUACAUCUAGAGACAAAAGUUGUGGUAGACGCUACAGCGAGAGGUCAGGUGUUGGACAAAAGCUUUGAUAAAAUUUAUGCAUUACUAAAUACAUUCUCCAAAAGUAAUCCUGAUUGGCAAGGAGAGAUGGGCAGACACAUAGCUCAGAAGUCUGCAGGGGUCCUCGAGUUAGACGUUGUUUCGGCACUAUCAUCGCAGGUUGCCACAUUGGCCAACCAAGUCAAUAAGAUGACCUUGGUUAUUAAUAAGCAACAAGCUCAGCCAGUGCAACAGGUUCAGAUAUUUUUUGAAGUCUGUGGAGAAGGUUACAUGAGAAAUCUAUGCCCAGCAAAUCCAGAGUCUGUAUAUUUUGUGGGUAAUGCAAAUCAAGCGAAGGCAAAUCAGUAUGGGGACGCUUACAAUCCUAACUGGAGGAACCACCCAAACUUUUCUUGGGGUGGAAAUCAAGCUGCUCAGAAUCAGUACAGGCCACAAGCUCCUCAACAACAAUAUAUACUACCACAGGUUGUACAACCCACGAACUCAACGAGUCAUAUAGAGGAGAUGUUAAAGAAGUUGAUGGCUGACCAGCAGGUCCAGGCAGCAGCUAUGAGAAAUUUGGAGCGACAAAUAGGGCAACUUGCUAGUGCCCAAAAUACUUGA